AUGUUGUCGUCGAAGGAGCCCCUGGGUCCUGGACAUGCCUUUCCCGGCGACUGCUAUCCCAGCCAUCUGCCCAGCUUCGAAAUCCCCACAGAUCUUUUUGGUCCCUUUCCCCGGCAUGUUCAUGAGACUCGCGAGGAGGCCCCCAUCGAUGUGUUUAGAUUCGAAAUCGCCCCAGAUCUAUUCGGUUCUACCCACCAUCGUCUCCUUGAUGCGUUCGAGGAGGAGGAGGAGGAGGAGGUGGUGGUGGUGUUGGCGGAGAAGAAAGAGAGAGGGUUCCUCGAGAGCGAAUCAGAGUCUGAAUCUGAGUUGCCUAGCUGGGACGACAUUCUCGUGGGCGCUGGUGUUGAACCUGUUGAUGGCGUCAACUUGUCCGACUUGAUGGAUUACGAUCCGCUGGCAGUGGAUGCCGACAACGAGGAGACAAACUGCCCAGGGAAGAAAUUUCCCGAGGCAACAGCAGCGAAAGUAGACGAUAUAUGGAGUAGGAUUUACACCAGACGCAACAUCGAGUACCAGAAGAAGUGUGAGGAGAUUGAAGCAAGUGAAGAUGAGAAUGCCACAUUUCCUUCUUAUCCUCUCAAAAUACUCCCUGAGGCAACAGGUCUAUGUGUCUUGAGGGGCUUUUGCCACCACCGUGAAUAUAAAACCCAUGAUACUUCCACUACUAGAUCAAGUCUUGGGUUACGUGAUCCAAGACUGAUGCUACAGAUCUUUGCGAUGCAUUUAUCAAUCUCCGAAUCCUAUUCCUACCCCGUUAGCGUCUAUGGAAUUGUUGCUGUUCGGGAUGCCUUGGAGCCACUACGGAAUCUUGUGUUUAACCGUCCCUGCAGAGAUGAUGCUUUUACGGUUGACCAGGAUUCCUUAACCUUGCCUCUUUGUAGUCCUCGUCGAGGAAUGUAUAUAGUAAGGGACAGAGCAUUACUAGAAGUUGAUCUUUGGGUAAAGGAGGAAGGAGAUGGGUCAUCUGACAAACAGUUGCUUUCUUUGUAUGCUGAGUUUGAGGGGAUGUACGAGUUAGAUGAAAUGCUAGAUGGAGAGGUUAGUAGUGACCUUGGCAGCUUGGUCAUUGACUAUCUCUUGCUUGAUGAGAGUGUUGAGGCUGUAAUACAAGUCUCUGCAAAGAUUGACUGCCCUCAUCAUAUGAGAUUCACUGCAUUCACUAGUGGCUUUGAUGGUGAGAUUGUGCUGUUUGAUGAUAAGUUCUCUGGGAAUGGAAAACUGUUCCAGUAUGUUGUCGCGGUGAAGGCUGAGGGGAAAUUGGAUAUUUGCUUAAAAAUGGAGGAAUCAUUGUUUUGGUGGACUUUCCAGGAAGGAGCUGUUGGAGCUGUUAGGUUCCCGGAUGACUCAGUUUUAAAUUACGGGCAGUUUGAGGUGACGGUGCUUUUUGCUCCUAAGAAAUUUACCAUGGAUGACUGA